GUGAAAGGUUUCAAAAUGAAGACACAGAUUCAACAGAAAGCACCGGAUGGAGGCUGGGGCGUUUUCGUGUGCAUUGGCAUGGCGCUGCCAUUUAUCAGUGGCUUGGCGGCACUGCCUUCAUUUGGUUUGAUAUUUGGUGAUUUCCUAAAAAGUAUUGGAGCCGAAACAAGCGCUGUGGCCUUUAUAACCAGCGCCUUCUUUUGUGCGUUCAGUUUUGCUGGGUUGUUCUCUGGCUCGCUAUUUAGGCGCUUCGGGCUACGCGCCGUAGGUUUGCUGGGAGGCUUCUUGUACUUUUUCGGUUCGUUGCUGCAGGUAUUCACACGCUCCACACUGGAUCUGUUGUUCGCUUUCAGCGUCAUUCAAGGCAUUGGUUUCGGCCUGAUUGUGCCCACCUCAUAUACGACUUUCAAUAAUUAUUUCGUCAAGAAGCGGGUUAUGUGGAUGAGUUUUGCGCAGUCGCUCAUCGGCUUGGGCACCAUGUUCUAUCCGGUAGGCAUGCAAAAACUAAUGGACCUAUAUGGAUUUCGUGGUUGUCUACUGGUGCUCGCUGCUAUCAAUUCGCACGCAAUUCUGGGCAUGUUGCUGAUGCAGCCGGUGGAGUGGCACAUGCGCAACUCACACGUCCCAGGGGAUCAGCAAAUGAGUGCAAUACCAGCAAGCGAAAAGGGAAUAGAGGCUGCAAAUGCGCAAGCAACUACUGUAACAGCAAUAAAUAAUAACGAGACAAUAGUUAAAUUUGCCUGUGGAAGCGCUUUGGAAGCAGCAGAGCUCAAUCAUUUAUCGCCUCUUGUAUGCAAGUACAGCAGAGAAGGUUCACAAAGCCGCUCAAGCGAAGAUUUGAAAAUGCACUCAAGUGGCUCGUCAAGCAUUGCAAGUCUGGGGAAUUGGACUGGGCCGGUUGUCGUGCGCGAUGCUUCGCCGGAAAUGACGCGCGUGCAAUCAGCGCUGGUGAUCAACACAGAAACAGAAGCAGCCGAAAGUCAGCGGGGGCGUAGUUAUUGUCAAGUUCUAGUUGACUUCUUGGACCUAACUUUGUUGAAGCAGCCAAUUUAUGUUAACAUUGUGCUGGGUAUUUCUUUUGCGCUCUACUCGGAUAUUGCAUUCUUCACAUUGCAGCCACUUUAUUUAUUUGAGUUGGGCUUCACAAAGCCAGAUACCGCAAGUAUUAUAGCCAUUGGCGCUGCUGCUGACUUAAUUUCGCGCAUAGUUCUGGCCUUUUCUGCUGUUUUCAUUCAAAUGCCUUCGCGUCAUAUCUACUUGGCCGGUUCCUUCUUUACAGUGAUUGCCCGCUUUGCUUUUCUGAACGUUUUCAACUUUAGCGACAUGGCUUGCACCACAGCUGUGAUGGGUUUCUUGCGCACCUGGAUUCAUGUGCCAUUGCCACUCGUCUUUGCUGAGUAUUUGCCAAAGGAGAGGUUUGCCACUGGCUAUGGUUUGUUCAUGUUUCUGCAGGGCAAUAUAAUGUUUGCCAUUGGGCCGCUGGUUGGUUAUUUGCGCGACCGUACACGGGAUUACAUACUGACAUUUCAUUGCCUUAACUUUUUUAUGGCGCUUUGUGCGGUACCCUGGCUUCUAGAGAUAGUCUUUGUAAAGUUUCGAAUGAAAAAGUCUCUUGCCAGUGUGAAAUAAAUAGAAAUGCAAUAAAAGCGUACUGUUUUUUUUUACAAAA